AUGGCGCCCCGGGGGCCCCCGCGCGCCCCUAAGGGCCCCGGCCCGGCCGCCCGAGCUCCGAACGCCGGAGCCCCGCCGCCGCCGCGCUCGCGGCCGCUCCUGCUGCUGCUGCUGCUGCUGCUGCUGCUGCCGCCUCUGCCCGUCGCCGGCGGGGCGGCGGGGCGCUCCUCCGAGCCCGGGCUCCGGGGUCCCAUUGCCCGGCUGACCCGGUCGCUGCCAGCGAGCUCGCUCGCGGGGCGAGCGCUGCCCCGCGGCGGCGAGAACGGACCGGAGCGGGGCGCGGAGCCCGGCGCCCGGGGUCCGGCUCCGGCUCCAGCUCCGGGUCCCGGCGAGGACGGAGCCCCUGCCGCGGGCCGGGGACGCUGGGCGCGGGCGGCUUCCGUGGCCGGAGCGGCUUCGCCGGCGCUCACCAGCUCGUCGUUCGUGCUCAAGGGAGACGCGACGCACAACCAGGCGAUGGUGCACUGGACGGGCGAGAACAGCAGCGUAAUCUUGAUCCUGACCAAGUAUUACCACGUGGAGUCGGAGAAGGUUCUGGAAAGCUCUCUGUGGCGGUCCUCGGACUACGGGACGACCUACACGAAGCUCACCCUGCAGCCCGGCUUCACCACCAUCGUCGACAGCUUCUUCAUCUCGCCGGCCAACAAGAGGAAGAUCAUCCUGGUGAGCCCGUCGCUGAGCGACGGGAGGCAGAGCCUGUUCCUCAGCACGGACGAGGGCAGCUCCUUCCGGAAGCAGGUCAUCCCCUUCUCCGCGGAGAAGCUGAUUUUCCACCCCAAGGAGGAGGACAAGGUCCUGGUCACCACCAAGGACAGCAAGCUCUACGUGACCUGCGACAUGGGGAGGAACUGGCUGCUGCUGCAGGAGCGGGUGCUGAACGAGCAGGUGUUCUGGGCUGCGUCUGGAGCGGACGGCGAGGCUGACGUGGUCCACCUGCAGGCCCACGCGCUCGGAGGAGGCUUCCGGUACCUCACCUACCGCGUGCACAACUGCUCCCAGAAGACGCCCACGUCGCCCUUCUCAGGCCCCGUCGACCGCAACUCCCUGUUCGUGGAGAACGACUACAUCUUCUUCACGGCCACCUCCAGCAACCGGACCACAUUCUACGUCUCCUACCGUCGCAGCGAGUUCGUGCCCAUGAAGCUGCCCAAGUACGCGCUGCCAAAGGACCUGCUGGUGGUCAGCACGGACGAGAACCAGGUGUUCGUGGCGGUGCAGGAGUGGCACCAGACGGACACCUACAACCUGUAUCAGUCGGACCCGCGCGGCGUGGCCUACGCGCUGGUGCUGGAGGACAUCCGCAGCUCCCGGCGGCCGGACACCGAGGCCAUCAUCGACAUCCUGGAGGUCCACGGCGUGAAGGGCGUCUUCCUGGCGAACCAGAAGAAGGACGGGAAGGUGGUGACGCUGAUCACCUACAACAAGGGCCGCGACUGGGAGCACCUGCGGCCGCCCAGCGUGGACAUGAACGGGAAGCCGACCAACUGCCAGGCCCCGGACUGCCACCUGCACCUGCACCUGCUCUGGCCGGAUAACCCCUACGUGUCCGGCACCGUGCACACCAAGGACACCGCCCCGGGCCUCAUCAUGGGGGCAGGUAACCUGGGCUCUCAGCUGGUGGAGAACCGGGAGGAGAUGUACAUCACCUCAGACUGCGGGAAGACCUGGCGGCAGGUGUUUGAGGAGGAGCACCACAUCCUCUACCUGGACCACGGCGGCGUGAUCGUGGCCGUCAAGGACAGCUCCAUCCCCUUGAAGAUCCUCAAGUUCAGCAUGGACGACGGCCACACCUGGAGCACCUACAACUUCAGCAGCACCCCCAUGUUUGUGGAUGGGCUGCUGAGCGAGCCGGGCGAGGAGACACUGGUCAUCACCAUCUUCGGCCACAUGAGCUACCGCUCGGAGUGGGAGCUCGUCAAGGUGGACUUCCGCCCCUCCUUCUCCAGGACGUGCGGCGAGGGGGACUACGGCUCCUGGGAGCUCACCGACCUGCAGGGCGACCGCUGCCUGAUGGGCCAGCGCAGGAGCUUCCGCAAGAGGAAGGCCGCGUCGCUGUGCAUCAACGGGAGGAACUUCACGUCGGCGCUCGCCUCCCGCGUGUGCCCCUGCCAGGACUCCGACUUCCACUGCGACUACGGGUUCGAGCGCGCCCCCUUCUCCGAGUGCUUGGCCAACUUCUGGUUCCACCCCCUGUCUCCCCCUGACGACUGCGUCCUGGGCCGGACCUACACCAGCAGCCUCGGGUACCGGAAGGCGGUGUCCAACGCCUGCGAGGGCGGCGUGGACCUGCAGCGGGGCCCGGAGCAGCUGCCGUGCCCCCUGACCCCGCCCCGCGGCCUGAGGGUCAGCGUCCGCGGGGAGGUGGCGGCCGUGCGGCCCUGGGAGGACGUCCUGUUCGAGGUGCACCAGGAGCAGGGCGACGUACUGACCACCGUGUACCACGUGGACCUGGGCGACGGCUUCAGGGCCGUGUACUCCAACCUCACGCUGACCAAGGAGCCCAUCCGGCACGCCUACGAGAACCCCGGCGUCUACCGCGUGUCCGUCAGGGCGGAGAACCUGGCCGGGCACGACGAGGCGGUGCUCUUCGUCCAGGUCACCGCCCGCCUGAAGGCCCUCUACCUCGAAGUGGUUCCUGCCAUCGGCACCAACCAGGACGUGAACCUCACAGCCGUGCUGCUGCCCCUGAACCCCAACUUCACUGUCUUCUACUGGUGGAUCGGCCAGAGCCUGCAGCCCUUGAUGUCCCUGAAUAACUCAGUGACGACGCGGUUUGCGGACCCAGGGGACGUGCGUGUGACCGUGCAGGCCGCCUGCGGGACCUCCGUGUUGCAGGACUCCAAGGUCAUCCGCGUGCUGGCUCGGUUUCAGGUGCUGCCCCUGCAGUUCUCCCAGGGCCUGGACGCCUACAACCCCAACACCCCCGAGUGGAGGGAGGAGGUCGGCCAGCUGGUCACCCAGCUCCUCGCCAAGGAGACGGGCGUGGCCGAGGAGCUGCUGUUGACCGUGGUGAGGCCGGGGCUGCCCACCGUGGCCGACCUGUACGUGCUGCCGCCCCCGCCGAAGCAGAGCCUCACCUGGGACCAGAUGCUCGCCCCUGUCCGGCAGGCGCUGGGCGCACAGAAGGUCAGCUUCCUCCUGCGGGCCGGGGUCCCGGUCCUGGUGGCUGUGAGGGAGGCGGACACGGGUUCCCUGCAGCUGGCGGAGAGCGGCACCUACUGGGUGGCGGCCGUCCUCCUGGUCACCGGCGCGUCUGCGGUGGGAGCCUUCCUCCUCUACAAGUGCAGAAGGAAGCGCCCCGGCAGGACCGUGUACGCCCAGAUGCACAGCGACAAGGAGCAGGAGAUGACCAGCCCCAUGAACCACAGCCAGGGCGUCCCGGGCGCCGUCCAGGGCGCGGGGUUCGCGGACGACGACCUCGACUCGCAGACUCUAGGGAGCCACUCCGGCGUGGUCCUCAGCGUGGACUCCCGGGAAAUGCACAGCUACCUGGUGAGCUGAUGCCCGUGCGGGCCGCGCCCACGCAGUCUCCUCUCCGUGGCUCCGCCCCGUGGGGGCGCAGCGCCACAGACGCGCCGGUGCCGGGGCCGGCACCCCCUCAGAGACCCGCGGAGAAGCCACCUCCUCCAGCUGUCCCCGCACGAGGCGACAGACGCCCCUGCCUCUGCUCAGCUCAUGGGACGCUCGGGGGGCCUGCCGAUGGCCCCCCUCCCUGGACGCCGGGCCCACGGCACCGCCCGCCGCCCCCACCCGACGCUGGGCACAUCUCUGCCCCUGCACCUCAGACGCUGCCCGGCGCUCCGCACCCUGUGGCCCCAGCCCAGGCCUGGCUUCUGGUGGCCAGGGCGGUUGCCCUGGGGACAGGGAGCUGCGCCUGCCUGGCCGCCCGCCC